UGGGGGUUCUAGGCCACGGCCCAUCUACAGAAAAGCACUGGGAGCCACAAAGAGUGGAACCACACCAAAGACAUCAGACCCAUGGCGGAGGCUGCCAGCGAUCCAAGCUGCGAGGAGCAGGAAGAGCUGCAUGCAGAAGACAGCAAAGGGCUCACAGCUCAGUGGGAAGAAGAAGACCAAGAAGAGGCUGCCCGUGAACAGCGCCAACGAGAACGAGAGAAGCAGCUGCAGGACCAGGACAAAGAUGAAGAUGAAGGUGAUCGUUCCCUGGAGCAGACAGGACAGCAAACACUCCUCAGGCUAAAGUCCUCUGAACUGGAUGAAGAUGAGGGUUUUGGUGACUGGUCCCAAAAAGUGGAGCAGCGGCAGCAAACCUGGGGGAACGAGGGGACUGCAGAGGGUAGUGAGCCCUCUCAAAAUGAGAGUCCAGAGAAGAAGCAGGCAGAGGACAGUUCUCACCAAACCAAUGUUCACCUAGAGAAGUUGUGCCUGAGCCAGGGAGACCAUAAUCCAGAGGAUGCUGUUGGAAAUUCUGGGGAGACAGAUGAGCACCUGACAAGUCAUCCGGCCAGGACCCCCAGCCCUUUGGCUUUGGAAGAGACUGUGGAACUGAGUUCACCUCCCCUAAGCCCCACCACCAAACUGGCAGAUAGGACGGAGUCCCUGAAUCGCUCCAUACAGAAGAGCAACAGUGUGAAGAAGUCCCAGCCAACCUUGCCCAUUUCCACUAUUGAUGAGCGCUUGCAGCAGUAUACCCAGGCCACUGAGUCUGCUGGUCGAACUCCCAAGCUGUCCCGACAGCCCUCCAUAGAGCUGCCCAGCAUGGCUGUGGCCAGUACCAAGACUCGUUGGGAGACAGGAGAGGUGCAGACUCAGUCGGCUUCCAAGACACCCUCCUGCCAGGAUAUUGUAGCUGGAGACAUGAGCAAGAAAAGCCUGUGGGAGCAGAAAGGAGGCUCAAAGACCUCAUCCACCAUCAAGAGCACCCCAUCUGGAAAGAGGUACAAGUUUGUGGCCACUGGACAUGGGAAGUAUGAGAAAGUGCUUGUGGAUGACACCCCAGCGCCAUAGAUCAUGUAUGUAUCUUGGAGAGACUCCAGUCAGAAGCCACUCCCAGCCCUGACCAAGAAGUUGAUUCCUGUUGCCAGUCUGGCCUGCUCUUGUGCCUCCAACAACCCAGCUGCCACUCCCGCCUCCUUUCACUCCUGGACCCUCCAUCUUCUAUGCCCUCUCACUCUUUGAUCAAACCCACCCCCCGCAACUCUGCCUCUCACCAUCAGCUAAAGGGACCACUCCCUAGAGGAGCCAAGAGCUUCCAAGGAAGGAUGGAGGAGAGAAGGCCAGCAUCCCAGCCAGAUCCAAGGGGUACCUGUCCCCAUGCUAAAUGUUCAGGACUCUGAGUCCCUCUUUUUUGUGUAAUAAAGCAUCUUGAAUGACCCCA